AUGGUUGUCCUAGUUGAUUUGGAAGACGAUGAAGCGCCCUCAUUACAGUCCCCUCACGCGUCUGGCUUGAUGAACGUCAAACCAUUGCACCAUUCUCUGCAGGAUUCGGCAACAGAGAGUGAGCAGCGAGUGAGCGUGGCAGACGAGAGGCCGAACCCAAACAAGAAUGGAUUCAGCGCUGCCCUGAGCUGCUAUCCAAUAGUAAGCCAGCUCGCCGCCCAGCUCGACCUCAACACGCUCCAUGAUCUGUCGCGCACUUGUAGGCAGUUUCGUGCAAAUCUGCUUGAAUACCGUAGCCAACUUGUCAAGCAUACGCUGCAUUGCGUCAACGAGGAUGUCGAGCCCGGCGAAACCCCAGGGUCGUCACUCCACGGAGGGAGGUAUGGUACGGCAAUGGAAUCAAGGCUGACUACCGGUCGUGUCGGGAUAUGUGCUCGUGAUAUGGUAGGCGAGUGCCAGCGCUGUGGGACGAUUGUUUGCCGGAAUUGCACAAUGAAGCCACCACCCACACCUGCACUUCGGGCUCGACAUCGUCGGCUCUGCCGUACGUGCACCAAGGCACCGUUGCCCAUGCUCAUGACUGCCCAGAAAAGACGCUCGUCAUCCGACUCCUCACCACCAGGGUCGCCCGACCAGCGCCCUGUGAUGUUUGAAAGUAGUCAGCCGCGGGCAUUCACCGCACCAGCAUUUGAGCGCACCCCUUGCAAUUGCGAUGAUGUGGUGUGGUUUUGCGCACCGUGUGGCAAGGACCUACGAAACGCAGAUACCAUGUACGUUCGUGGAUGGAGCUGGCGCACGCGAUAUAGCCACUACCUGGGUGGAGUCGGAACGGGAGCUGGCGAGGGUAAUGAAGGUGUUGAAUGUGGGCGAGGUUGCGCUUGUCUAGGCGCACGAGUCGUUGAACACGAGACCUGUGAGCAAGACCUCUUGGACACUAUUGAGAGGUCGCACACCCCUUCCCCAGAGUCACCUGACCGCUGGCGGGGAACGUCUUACCUCACUCAAGAGAUUGAAGGAAUUGGCGGGGUGCUGAAAAUGAAGCAUAAAAAGCAGGUCCGUGUUGGGGAGUGCGUAAAGCUCUAUGAAGAUGAAAAGGAAAAGUCGAUACAGUACCUCGAGCGCGAAGUCAAAGGAGAGCUCAGAAGCUGGUGCUCAUGGUGUGAACGUGUCGUUCUUGGGAAGAAGGAUAAGGCUGAAAUCAAUGGGGUCCGACCGCCUUCCAGUGGUUCAAGUUCAACGUCUUCUACGAGCUCGAAGCCGUCGUACAGAUAUUAA